AUUACGGAGUCAGAGACAAACGUCACGUCUUCCUCUCGCCGGCUGUCAACAUGACUUUCUUUCACUUCGGAAAUUGCGUUGCCUUGGCCUAUGGACCUUAUUUCCUCACCUACAAAUACUCUGGGAUGCCAGAGUAUGGUGCAUUCUGGAAAUGUGUACAAGUAGGAGGAAUGUACAUGCUGACACAGCUUUGCAAAAUGCUGCUGCUUGCAACAUUCUUCCCAACAUCUGAUGGUCCUCCUGAAAGUGCCAGUUUUAUAACGGAAGUGGUAAAGACAACAGUAGACUUUGGAGAUGUUAUGGGCCUGAGCAUUGUGAUGGGUCGUGUGGUGGCUUCAGGACACAUCAAAGUGCUCAUUGCCGGCCUGGGGUGGGCAGCAGCUGACCUGUUCCUGACGCGUGCCCUUCCUCUCUGGGUGGGCGCAAGGGGCCUGGAGUUUGACUGGAAGUACAUUCAAAUCAGUUUGGAUGCCAAUAUCAGUUUGGUCCACCACCUCAACAUGGCUCUGCUUGUGUGGCUGUGGUGGCGUACCAGCCUGGCCUCAGCACUUCGACCCAUUGUGGCUGCACUGAUUGUGGGUUGUGUAUACAGGCCACUCUUGCCCCAGCUGCUCACCAUCCUCCUGGGGGCUAGGCCAUCAGGAUUCACCCUCCUCUCUGCCUUUGCGAUACCCACCCUGUGCACCACACUCAUUGCUGGACACAUAUUCAUCACUCAUAGUUCGUCUAUCCGGUCCUACUAGGGAUAUUCAUACUAAGAGAUCCUCGGAUCGAGUGUUGUCUCUGCGCGAAAGUGUCAUUUUGGAGUAAAUAUUAUUUUACAUGUUAUCUUCGCUUGAAUUCUCAGUCUUGUUUCAUUCAUGUGUGGAUUUUCAUUUGUAGUUCAAUAGAUGUAUUAUAUUAACAGAUGACCAUAAUUAAGAGUGCUAUUGGCCAAACUUUAUCAAAAGACAAAUAUUAUCAACUUGAUAGAAGUUAUGAGAAUGUAUCAGUAAGUUAGUACUGGUAUUUGUUUAUAUUUGAUUGUUUCUGAGAUAUAAUCAGUUUUAUGUUCUCUGUCUACAACUUUUUUUGUUAGUUUCAACAUUCUGUAAAAUCUGUAUUUUUGUUGUGUACAGAAAUAAAGGUCUUUUAUAUAUAAAAUUUUAUUUUUUUUAUACAAUAGAACAUAUUUAGAUAGCAUAGUCCUCAUACAAAAUAUACACACAUAUUAAUGGUCAUGUACUUUCGACCAUUUGGUGGUGCAAUCCUUACACGAAGAACUAAAGAAAUAUAGUCUUUAGUAGUUAAGGGCAUGCACAAAACUACAACAUUUGCUAACUUUCUAGUCAAGUCAGAUCAGUAUCAUAUAAAAAACAGGUAAGAACAAGAUCUUCAAUAUGCAUUUGUAUUUAACAGAACAAAUAACUAAUGAAUGUUCUUGCUUAUGUAUAUAUAUUUUUUUCUUUUUUUUUUUUUUUUUUACCUUUUUUUUUUUUUUUCUUCCCUUAAAAGAAAAGAGCAUAUCCAACAGGCACAAUAGUCCACUCACUCAAGUGCACAAAGCUAACUACACCAAUGUAAAUGUGUUAGUAAAGGUGUACUCCUUCCAUACUAAAUAUCAGAGAAGUUUAACAUUACUAGAGGCCAAAUUCAUAACAGUCCUGGGAGAGUUAAAUACAACUAUACAUCACCGAAAAAAAAGGUAACAGGACAGCUGUAGCAAAGUUUAGUUCCGAGAGCCAUGAGGCGUAAUUUCGUUCUCUUGGCUAUGUGUGUGUAUGAAGUAAGAAUACUUUAAAAAGGAAAGGACAAAAAAAAAAUUGCUAUGUUAAAUAAUUGUUUUUCACUCUCGCGGGGAUAUGUGAUAUGUUUCAAGUAUGCAUUCUACUUGUUAAAACAGAAAAGAUGAUAUGUUGCUUCUUGUUAAUAACAGCCUGAAAGUGAAUAGUUCAGCUGUUUUAGGCUAAGGCUAGGAAUACAGGGAAAAAUAACUACUUGUAGCACACUACACAGGAGGUUAUAUUCUAUUACAUCAAAUACUGGAUGUCACUGAAGCCGAGACUUCGUGAUCUCUACAUCAGUGAGUCUAACUCUCUUUAUACUUUAUUUUCAUACAGCACAUGUAUGCAUUUGAACAGUGAAAAUAUAAACACAGGUUGAUUGUCACAACUUUCAAAAGAACAAAAAUCAAAAACGAAAAUAAACGACUUUUAUUUCAUAAGUAUUUACUGAAGAUUGUCAGUCCUUAGUUUAAUGGCAAAUGUAAAUUUUCCGAAUGGAUCUCAGAAGGCCGUCACAGGGGAAUUGGCUUGGUGGGAUCCACAUGUAAAAUUUACCCAAGGGAUCCUCUGAAGCACACACACAGGAGACUCAAGGGCAGGGAGGCCACUCCGCUAAAAUAACUGGGCGUUUUUGAUGUUAGUAGUUAUUAGUCAACUAAUAGAGAAAAAGAAGCAUGGACAAAGGACGUGAUGUAAUUUGUAAGUGGAGGGGAAAAAACCAGCAGCAGAUGAUUAUUUGUUGAAAUACAGUUAGUAGUGUUAAAGACAUUGCAUUUCAAAACUAAGGAGUGACUGAUAAAAAUUGCUGAACAAGUUGUGAUUUGAUCAGUAAUUUCUAAUCAUAUAUCAAUCACAUAUGCACACAAACAGUAACCUAUACUUCCGACUUAUCUAAACAAAAGAGCAUACAAUGCAUACACAGGGAAAACGCUGCAACAUAUCUGUAUUUGCAAAUAGAAUGAGUCGUUAUAUUUAUAAAACAAAAAGAAUAAAAAAAAGACCUACUUUCUACAGAAGAAACCACAAAAAAAAAAGAACAGCAUGUAGCAUUGACAUCUCGCAAGCAAUACCUUCCAUCCCAUUAAUUGAGGCUGCAACGAUAGCACAGUCACAUACAAGAGGGGAGGGGGAAACAAAGCAUGUUACAAAAAUAUCUUCCAAACUAAUGGAAUGAAACGCAGAACUUCGAGCGAGAAGCACACACAAAAAGCAACUACCUCUUCACCCCCUAACCCAAUCGGCUUCAAACCAGAGGCAUGGAGAAACGCACUGCAAAUUGCAUUGACAGUAGGGAUAUUGAGCAGCAAAACUAUCAACAAAGUUGUCUUCAUGGAGACUGGUCCCGCUGUACGCCAUCGUUACAUGUAUUAUUAUGAUGCAGCUUGCCAUUUCUGAAUUGCCUCUGGGUUGAAGGGAAACAAGCCCCAGUUUGGGAAAAUCUGCGCACUCGGCAAUGGUGAAUCGGUCAAUCAUGUACAUUUAGUGAAAAAAAAACAUUAUUAUAAUCAAAUGGGUCUUCCAUACAGAUCCUUCCCAAAUGAGGCUUACCAACAAUCAUCCUGCUAAGACUACAGUCUUUUUAAAGCUGGGGAUUUCAGUGCAAGGCCUUUCAAAAUUUCUCAUGAAGGUCUCAGAAUACAAAGCCUUCCUGGUUUACUGUUCCUUUCCAAUGGAAUCAGGGGAGAUUAUAAAAAAAAAAAAAAAAAAA